CUCGGCGCGCGCGCCGGGCUGUGCGAGGGCGAGCCGGGAGAGCGAGCGAGUUGCGCAGCUGCCGUGCGCGCACCCCCCCCGCCGCCGCCGCCGCCGCCAGCGCCAGCAGCAGCAGCAGCAGGGGCAGGAACAGGAGCACCUCACUGGCAUUUAACGAGCGGAGCUGCUAGUUGCGCUGGAGAGAGACGCGCAGGGAGGAGGAGGAAGAAGAAGAGGAGGAGGAGGAGGACGGGAAGAGGAGAAGGAGGAGGGGAAGAGGAGGAGGAGGAGAAGAAGAAGAAAAAGAAGAAGAAGAAGAAGAAGACGAGGAGGGAGAAGAGGAGGAGGAGGCCAAACGGACACCAACUGAAACAAAAGUAUUUCCGAACCAGCACCCAACUCCACCUUGUGAGGCUCCCACAGCAUGGCUUCCGAGGAACUCUACGAGGUAGAGAGAAUUGUUGACAAGAGGAAAAACAAGAAAGGAAAAACAGAGUAUUUGGUGCGAUGGAAAGGAUAUGACAGUGAAGAUGAUACUUGGGAGCCAGAACAGCACCUUGUCAACUGUGAGGAAUAUAUACAUGAAUUUAACAGACGCCACAAUGAAAAGCAGAAAGAAAGCACAUUAACCAGGACAAACAGGACCUCUCCAAAUAAUGCCAGAAAACAAAUUUCUAGGUCUACCAAUAGUUCUUUCUCAAAGACAUCUUCUAAAUCUUUAGUUAUGACUAAAGAACACGAGUCAAAAAAUAGUCAACUUUUUUCUGCCACACAGAAGUUCCGGAAAAACAAUUCACCAUCGCUUUCUGGACGUAAAAAUAUGGACCUUGCAAAAUCAGGUAUUAAAAUCCUAGUGCCCAAAAGUCCAAUUAAGAGCCGGACAACAGUUGAUGGCUUCCAGAAUGAAAGCCCAGACAAAAUGGACCACAUAGAGCAAGAUCAAGAUGACUCUGUAGCACCAGAAGUAGCAGCAGAAAAACCUGUGGGAGCUUUGUUAGGACCUGGCGCAGAGCGUGCUAGGAUGGGGAGCCGACCACGGAUACAUCCAUUAGUGCCACAAUUGCCAGUGCCAGUAAAAGCCACAAUUGCAUCAGCAUUAACAAUAAAUGGAAAAGCAUCUCCCUGUAUUCUUCCCAGUGUUCUUUACUUCCUAUUUUCUUGUACACCCACCUUUAUGGAAGCAUUAGCAGCCAAUGGUACAACCAACAUCCAGACGUCUGUAACAGGAGUGACAGCCAGCAAACGAAGGUUUAUUGAUGACAGGAGAGACCAACCCUUUGAUAAAAGGCUACGUUUCAGCGUGAGACAAACGGAGAGCGCGUACCGGUACAGAGACAUUGUUGUCAGGAAACAAGAUGGAUUCACACACAUUUUGCUAUCAACAAAAUCAUCUGAAAAUAAUUCAUUAAAUCCAGAGGUAAUGAAGGAAGUCCAAAGUGCACUGAACACAGCAGCUGCAGAUGACAGUAAACUGGUGCUGUUCAGUGCAGUUGGUAGCAUUUUCUGCUGUGGUCUUGAUUUUAUUUAUUUUAUACGACGUUUAACGGAUGAUAGAAAAAAGGAAAGCACUAAGAUGGCAGAAGCUAUUAGGAAUUUUGUGAAUACUUUUAUUCAGUUUAAGAAGCCUAUCAUUGUAGCAGUAAAUGGCCCAGCCAUUGGACUUGGAGCAUCUAUAUUGCCUCUGUGUGACGUGGUCUGGGCCAACGAGAAGGCCUGGUUUCAGACACCAUACACUACUUUUGGACAAAGUCCAGAUGGAUGUUCAUCCCUUACAUUCCCUCGGAUAAUGGGCCUGGCUUCUGCCAAUGAAAUGUUGUUCAGUGGAAGGAAGUUGACGGCGCAGGAAGCUUGUGCCAAAGGACUCGUCUCCCAAGUGUUCUGGCCAGGAACAUUCACACAGGAAGUAAUGGUUCGAAUUAAAGAACUUGUCACAUGUAAUUCAGUUGUACUUGAAGAAUCCAAAGCUUUAGUACGUAACAUCAUGAAGGUGGACUUGGAGCAAGCAAAUGAAAAGGAGUGUGAAGUUUUGAAGAAAAUCUGGGGCUCAGCACAAGGGAUGGACUCUAUGUUAAAAUAUCUGCAGAACAGAAUUGAUGAAUUCUGAGAAGAUGCCCGUGACACUGGAAUUGUAUUUCUUGGACAUCAGGGCAAGCAAAAUAUGCCCAUUUAAAAAACCCUUAUAUAAACUAACCCCUUGCUCAGCUUGGGAACAGGAGUGGACACACACCCCCCUCCCCUUUUAUUGUCAAGGGGUUUAAAAGUACUGUAUCUCUUAAAUUUGAACAAAACUCCUUUCUCCCUGAUUGUUACAUGCAGAUGUAUACACACACAAGUCUAUGUGUGUGCAUAUAUCUAUAUAUGUCUUUUAUAUAUAUAUAUUUAUAUAUAUAUAUAUAGAUAUAAAUGUAAUAUGUGUGAGAGUGUGUAUGUAGACACACACACACAAGAUAAAAAACUAUAGAGUGCACUACCAAACAUCUCUUUAAAAGCUCUAGUUUUUGUUAUCUUUGGCUAGUACUGUAUCAAAUAGAGAAUUAAUUAAAAAGUGAAUGGUGUUGCAUUAUUUUCUGUGUGGCAGGGAAGUCUGGAGUAAUGCUUUUCUUUUUCAUGAGAAUACAGAAUUGAAACGGGUAUUAGCCAGCCCUUGCUUUCUCUGCCCAGUGAGUCAGCUUAGAGAAAAGGCAUUGUCUCAGAAGAAGGUUGAAAUACCUCAAGCAAUGGAACAUUCUAAAACUUUGGGGUAAAAAAGCCCUGUUAGGCUUAAGUCACACAUAUCCCCAAAAAGAGAGUGUGCUCAGGAUUAAAGCUAAGGAAACACUCUGUUAUUUUUGGGGGGGAGGUAUACAGGGGGGAGGAAGGGGCAGGAGUAUGUCUGAUUCUUACCCAGACAGCAUGAAGAAACCACUGUCUCUUAGGGAAAGGGAAUGAGGGAGAGCCAGAGGGAAGUGGAAGGGGGAAGGAAGAAAAAAAAAAACCAACACAAAAAAGCUUGUUUUGCAGUAUUAGUGAAUCACUGAAUAUCUUAUGUAUGAAUAUCCUAAGUUAUAACUUAGUUUUAGUGGGUUUUUAAAAAGCCUCUCUGGGGUUUUUUUGUUUGUUUGUUUGGGGGUUUUUGUUUGUUUAUUUUGGUUUUUUAAAUAACUACAUAAGUGCUCCUGUUGCUGGGUGAAAAUACUACUUUAUAUACAGUUUGGGUUUUGUUUUUGGUUCUUUUUUCCUAUUUGCUGGUUUAAUUGAUGUAUUACACCAAAAAUGCAUUUUAUGUUCAUAAAUUUUAGGUUCACUUAGAAUAUAUUAUUUAAUAAGUUAAAAUUCUUUUGGCACACUAUUAAGUAAAAAAAAAUCCUUAAAAAAAAAA